AUGGCUCCCUCUGUCCUGUCCCCUACUCCGGCCAAUGUUCCCCGUCUCUUCUCGCCGGGACCUAGACGUAUUUCCAGCUUCGCAGAUAGCGACACCUUGUCCAACGCUGGAAUGAGCCACUCGUUCUCUCUUGGGAGACUGAGCUCGAAACGGAUGACCUCCAGGACAACUAACAUUACCAGUGUGGUGGAGUCUUUGAAACGCCGCAAUGGAGAUGAACUGGGCUCCUCAGCCUCGUCACAGUUCAUCAACGGCGUCUCUUAUGCAUCCCUGCUGGAUUGGAUUCGGGGCCAGCGUAUGAGCCUUCUGCCUCCUGAGGGAAGUCCCUAUGACAAGGUGCUUGCGUGGGCCCAGCUGUUCAUUGAGAGAAUCCACUCCUUUGACUUAGCUAUCGAGCCCUUCGCAGGUGAUAGCUUCCUCGCUGCCGAGCUCGCUUACGGAUACUGUAACAUGCUUCUCGAACUCGGCAGGGAAAAUGCACAGGCCCUCAUUGUCUCCUUCGGAUUCUUCUAUAGCACCUCGAUGACCUUGGCCAACCUCCUCGAGCGUGCGGAACUGUUUGUCGUCACCCAGGAGAUUCGUGAUCAGUUGGUUCUGGCUCUUGGAGACCUGGUGACUCUCGUCGCCAGUGUAUCGUCCCAUUUCCACAAGGCAGUUCGUGAAAUGAACCGGAAGCGCAUUCAUAUUGACAUCUACCGUACCUUCCCGAGCCAGAUCCAAACCUUCCGUCAGCGAUGUGAGAAGAUCGCCAUUGCUAUGUGGAGGCACCAGCUUCUGCGAGAUAAUGUUGAUGGCGACCGAGUUUCUGAGGUUCAAUCAAUCCGGUCCUGGCUGACGGCAGAUGACUAUGUCCUUAAUAACAUUGCCGAGAGUGUGUCCCAUCUUGCUCAUGAGCGGGAGGAGCUUACCUGCCUCUGGAUGUCGUCCUACCUGGGACGGUUCCUGAAAAGUAACCUGCGAGCACUUUCAUUGGCUGGCAAGCCAGGAUCAGGAAGAACUGUUCUGGCCUCGGUGAUUGUCGACCACCUUCAGCACCCCAUCGGAGGUGUCUCCUACAACGCCUUGUUUAUACCUAUUAAUGCCAGAAUUCCCGCAGAGACCAGUGCCCGUGCUGUCGCCCGCACUAUCCUAUGCCAGCUUUUCGAAAAGCGCAUUGGCAAUGUUCAACUCUUCCAAAUCUUAACUGAUGCAUUCCAGCGUGGAAAGCUGUGUACCAGUGAGGAAGAGUACGACCAGAUCUUGUGGACUGCGCUCGGGGAAGCCUUGGGGGCUAGGCUUCAAGGAGCCAAGGACCUGGUUCUGGUGGUUGAUGGGGUUGAUGAGGCUUCCUGCGGCGAGGGUGUUUUGAUGCAGAAGCUUUUGACUGCCACUUUGCAGGGGUCCAACGCCCGGUUGAUCACGCUCGGAUCACAGAGACCGGCAUCAACAGAGGGCUUGACGUGUGUGCAGAUCAGCGACGAUCUGAUCUUCGAUGAUAUCUCCGCGGUUAUCCGCAGCCACUUCAAGAACCAGGUCUUGGCUUCGAUGUCUGAUAUGGAGCAAGAGACGGUUGUGGCUCGCAUUGCGGAGGCCGCGAACAGCUCAUUCCUGUGGGCAAAGCUUGCAGUCAAGCGUGCUCGUAUCGAAGGAAAGCCCGAGGGUCUCCGCAAGGUUGUGGAUACUCUCGUUGAAAAGAAGCCUACUAUUUUGGACUUUGUGCUUGAUGCCUUGCAGAAUCCUAAGGUGACGGCCGAGGCAAAGCACAUGCUUCUUUGGCUGGCAAUUGCUGAACGACCCCUGCAGAUGAAAGAGCUGGUUCUUCUGUCUGCAGUGGAUGUUGAGAAGCAGACUGUUGCCGAAAAGGAAAUUGAUGUCCUGGGUGAUCAGGCUCUGGGACUCUUGAAGUCCCUUGUCUUCGUGCGCGAUGGCCUGGUGUACUUGCGCCAUGGUCAGAUCCGUUCUGCCAUUCUUGAGGCAUUCGCCAAGGGAAAGCUGGUGCCCAAUGUCAAAGACCCCCACGCAGACCUCGUCAUCAGACUCCUCGUCUACAUCAAGUCAACCGUCACCGAGCAACGCGAGCCUUCCCUUACCUCAUUGAAUGCGCAUGACACGAACAUCCUCCUCAGCAAACACCCUCUUCUCGACUUUGCUCUCAGAUACUGGCCUUUCCAUUUUAGACAGACAUCUGUCUUCGUCAAUGGUGGAAGAGCUAAGGCAGCCCAGGAGUUCACCAAGUACUUGCCAAUUUCAACCACUGUGGUCCUCCUUCAAAACACAGUUUGGGAGCGUUUGCCCACCGCCGUGUUGCUAUACUACCGCAUGAUCAUUGCCAAUGUCUGUCGGGAGACACUAACCGACAACCAUGUGGUUACGCUCCAAUCUAUCAUCUUUCUUGCCCAGCUGUAUCGCCAGUUGGGGCGGCCGGCCGAGGCGAUCCCCCUGUUCUACCAGGCUGCCCACACUAGCUCAACAUUGUUGACGGUCAAGCAUACUUUGACAAUGCACAUGGCUAGUACUUUUCUCGAAUUGACGGUGGAGCACGUCACAAACUCCAAGGUGGAAAUAAUGAUGCAAAGAGAGCGCUGCUUGACUCUUCUGGUCGAGUGCUACAAGGUUCACUACGGCAGUACCUCCGAGAAUGUGGUCACCGUACUUAAGCAGCUCUCCGAGCAUUAUAAGCUAAUCAAGGAAGAGACAAAGGCUCAGGAGAUUAUGAAAGCCAUCAGUGUCAUUACUGAAACCGAGUACGAGGCCCACGGCACAACCGGACAUCUUGAUGUUUCCUUAACAGCCCCGACGGAGGUUGAUACCAAGACUGGUGAUACCUUCCUACUGUUCAGUGCAGAACAUGAUGAGGUUAUCGAGUCCCACUACGACUUUGAGGCUUCCCUGCAACUAGCUCAGAAUUACGCAGCUGAAGGACGAUAUGAACUUGCUGAGCGCACCUUCGUUGAGAUUUGGCAGCGAGCAAGUGAGGAGCACCGCAUGCAGGCGACUGGACUCUGGGAGGAAAGAAAGAUGGAGGCCAUUCUCGUAUACACACAGUUCCUCAAGUCACAGAAGAGGGACCGCGAGGUUUCCUCGAUUCUUUCAAGUUUCUGGCAGGAUGUCCAGCAGAAGACCACGUCUAUCACCAGCGAGUCGUCCAUUUCAUACUUCCAACAGAUUGCUCAGGUGAUGAAGACAGUUGGCCUGUCGACGGCUGCCUUGAGUGUCUACAAGUAUUGUUCGGAGUACUUCCAGAGCACUCGUCGCACCGAGACUUCAGUUUACAAGGAGAUUCAGCAGCACAUUGAGACUACUCACAAGGAGGUAUUGGAAACUGUCACCACCACAACUGUGACCUCUGAGUCGACUCUUGAAGAGCUAGUAUUUGAGAGAUUCUCUUCUAUCUCUACUCUUGACGGAACUUCGUUUGCCGCAAUCGAGAACUUGGUACAGAUGUACAUUUCCCAGCAUCGCUGGCGGGAUGCCUCUCGAGUGAUCAAGCGUAUCCUCCGGGUCGUUUGGCCUUCCCUCUUUGCUCCACUGCUGGAGGAUGUGACCCUUCCGCCUAAGUAUUUAGAAAACAGUGUGACACUGACUGGUCGUCUCUGCCAAUGUUACCGCUCCCGUCGUCGCACCUCGAAGGAGCAGGACACCCGAGUGCGUGUCUACCGUGCCAUGAGGUUUGGAAAGAAGGUGGAUGAUAAGCUGCGGCAAACUGUGGUUGCAGACCUUUUGCGUUUCCUUGAGCUCACAUCUCAGACCGACAUGAUCAUUAACGUUCACCAAGAGUUGUUGAAUGACUACGUUGCCCAUUAUGGAGAGGAGCACACUAUUGUUAUCAAGGAGCUCUGGACUCUGGCGAGGUUGACUCGUCCCCGGCCUAUCUUCAUCGACUAUUACCAGCAGAUUAUUCAGAAGCUGAACAAGGGCUCUGCUACUUGCCAUCCUGAAGCAUUUGAACCGCUUGUCAUCGUGUCCACGGAACUCUGGAACCAGGGACGGUACUCGGAUGCUCUACGCCACUAUGUGAUUCUGUUCCAGACUUUCUUGGAGCAACACAAGGUGAGCUCCAAGUUUGAAGAUCACAGCUUCGUCCAGGAGGUUUUCAAUCGCUACACCCAAUGCCUUCGUGCCACCCGCACCGAAUUUACCACCCUGCACAAGGUCACCGUUGACUACCAGGCCAAGUGUAAGACCGUAUUUGGCAUGUCGGCAUCGGUCACUGUCCAGGCCACGUACACCCUGGCGAAGCUCUGCCAGGAAUCCAAGCGCUAUGAGUCCGAGGCCGUUGCUCUGUACGAAGAGCUUGUCAAGAUGAAGACGACAGCAAUUGAUCUCCAAGAGGUCUCUUCGAUCUUGGAGGCUAUCUACGAGGAGGAGACAACCCUGGUCACCUCGACUGAGCGCCGUGAGUCAAUCUCUUCUACUCAGUACCAGCGUGCCGUGCAGGUGCUGAAGAAGCGUGUCACCACUGUGCGUCAGACCUAUGGCUGGGCUCACGAGGAGUCCCUUUCAAAGAUGGAGGAAAUCGUCAAGUUGUAUGUGCAGGCCAACGAGACCAAGACUGCCGUCAAGGAGCUCAAGGAGGCUACGGUGCAUAUCCUUACCUCGGAAACGUCUGUUACCACACUGAGCCGUGCUGCUGCUAGUAUCGCCUCCAGUUACAUUGCCAUCGGUCAGACUGAGAAGGUCACCGAGCUGAGCGAGGAGAUUUACCGCCAGAUCAUCUUGAAGGACACCAGCAAUGUGGAAAAGGUACAGUUCAAUCUCUCGUCUAAGGAGCAACACAGUCUGGCCUUCCUCGCCCAGCUUCAGCACAGUCUGCGGUAUAGUGUCUCCAGUGUCACCGAGAUCCUGGCGACGUUGAAGACCGAGUACGUUUAUUUCGAGGAAUUCAGGAUGGCCGUCAAGUCCAAGAGUAGCACUCUUCACUCCGUUACUCUUUCUGCGUCUCGCCUUUAUCAGUUCUUGGUCAAGAAUAACCGCCAUACGUCGGCCACGCAUGUCUUCAAUGGGCUCAAGAACUACUUUCUCUCCACGGAAGGAAAGCGGAUCAAAUGCACUGAGUCUGCUGAGGUGGACAUCUUUCUUCAGACUAUGUUGGAGUACUUGACCACCCAUCGGUCGCAGAACUUUGUCCGUUCUGUGGGCAUUGUUUCCAACAACCGCGUCGUGGAACUCCUCCAGGCCCAGAAGCUCGAUGCUGCUUGUGCUCUGGCUCUCGCGUCCUUCAAGUAUAUCUCCGCCCAGGAUAACUAUCGCUCUCCUACCAUAGUGAAAUUUGUAUUCACCCUGGGCAUGACCAUCUCCGGCCGCGAUCUGGCUGUCCGACUGCCCGCCAACAAGCAGCUCCUGAAGACGUCUGCGAUCAUCAUGCAAGACGCACUCCGCGUCAUUCAAGAGCUGAAGAUCAACCUUGCCCAGGUAGACAUCGACCAUCUGAACAGCUUGAUCGGCCUUCUGGGAGAGCAACAGGACUACCAGACCAUGGCGUGGCUCCUCACCAUGCUGUGGAACAGUCGCGAGGUCCAGCGCAACUGGCAGCCAAGCCUCACUCUGGCCCUUGGCCGUCGGUUCAUUAUGGUCCGCUACCUUGUUGGGGACACCACUGGCGCUCUACGCCUGGCUGAAGACGUGGUCUACAACUGCCGCCGCGUGCACGGAGCACGUCACCCCAGCACGCUGGAGAUGUCUGUCCUGCUCUCACAGGUGUACACCGGCAUCGCGCAGCGCUACCAAGCCCACAAGGAUGGAAAAGAACUGGCCAAGCGCUACUACAAGAAGAGCGUUGCGCUGCACGAGAACAUCCUCCGUGCCUUUAGCGACCCAACCACUGCCGAUAUGGAAUACAUGGACGGCAGCAUGAGUCUGGAUGGAUCGGCAUUUGAGCUGGACCUCUCUGACAGUGGCUUGCUCGCGGGUGCCUUGACCCCCGGCGAGUAUGUCCGCAACCACUUGAAGCUCCUCAAGCUCUCGGCUGAGCGCUUGGGUGACUGGCCCAAGGACUACAGCGAGUAUGAGCGGCUUAACGCAGAUCUCUUCCGCGAGUUCCCAGAGGACUUGAAGGGUGUGGAGGGCGUCGAGAAAUGGGACCUCAAAGCCUUCGGUGGAGGCAAGGCUGAGAGUAAUGAGGACCAGGUCGAUCUGCAGUUCAAGGAUUGGCAGCUGUUUGAUACCCAGGUGGAGACUAAUGGUGCUGAAACUGUGGAGGAGGAGCUGUGA